AUGGCACAUAGCGCCUCGCUUCUGAGAACUUUCUACCUAGAUCUUGCCAGGCUGGCCAGCAAAUCAGAGGCUGAGCGAGGCAUCGCCUACUUCCACAACAGCGUGCCCCGGGUGCUGGAGAGGAAGGAGCAGGAGCUGGAGGCCAAGAGGCUCAGCGCAGAAGUCACCAAGGGCAUGCUGCGCGCAACGGUGGAUCAGUUGGCACGAGGCAUCACAGUCAUUGUCGAUUUGCGGAGACCGCUAGGGUGCGUGUUUAACGACACUCUGGUCACGAAAACUGUGCAGGAGGAUGGCCAGGGCUUUGCUCUGGGAAUUCGCCCCAACUGGCGUGUGCGAUCUGUGGGUGGUAUGGAAGUGCAGAAGACCACGGACCUCAAGGACCGGAUGGCCAAGCUCAUCUCACAGGGACUGAAGGAAGUUGCGAUCGUUUUCUCGCCGCCGCCCAUCGUCGCCAGCUUUGAGAAGCGGCCGAUGGGCUUCACCGUGGCGAAGGAUUCCGAGCUGGGACUGGUACAUGUCUCCAGCUCAACUGGCGUGGCCCGCGCAUAUGGCAUCAGACCUGGCGCAAUCGUUGCCAACAUUGGUGGCACAGAAGUUAGUUCCCUCCGCAUUGAGCAUGUCAGGGACAUGCUCAAGGAGGUCAAUCUGCCCGUAUCCGUUCACUUUGAGCAGGCCAGAGGCAUGCCAAACACCGUGGCGGGCAUGAUUCAGCAUGUGCCUGAAGAAGAGAAGGAGGUCAUCGCCGCGCCGAAGGAGGAGGCGCCGCGGCCUCCGCCUCGCGACCCCAAUGUACCCAUGGUGGUGCCGCCGCCGUGCGACAUCGAAGUAGACUUGUCCCAGCCUUUGGGCAUCAUCUGGUAUCCCAGCCUCGUGGUCAAGAAUGUGAAGCCUGGCUCACAGGCUGCUCGGCUGGGAAUCGGCCCUGGCUGGGAGGUUUUGGGCCUGGCCGGCGAGGAGGUGAAGGAUGUGCAGGAGUUAGAGAAGCGCCUGGAGGCCCUCAAAGCCGAAGGCUGCCUCGGACAGUCGAUGAUGUUUCAGCCCGCCGCGGUUCCAGCAACAGAGGUCAAAACUCCUAGCACUGCCGCGGAUGCUGCAGCCAUGCUGCGCGAGCGCGCGGCGACGGUUGCAAGAGAAGAAGAGGAGGCCCGUCAGAACAUGCGGGAGGUUCCCCUUGAGCUGGAUCUAUCCCAGCCCCUUGGCAUCCUCUUCAACAAGACCCUGGAGGCAGAAGGCGUCACGGACGGUUCCCAGGCCGCACGCCUUGGUGUAGAGGCCGGUUGGCGCGCGGUGUCUUUGGCAGGUGAGACCUUCACAAACACCCGGGACCUUGUGGCGAAGAUCCAGGCGCUGAAAGCCGAAGGCGCCACCGCGGUCCCUGCGGUGUUUGCAGCGCCCAGUCCUGGUGAAACUGCUGACAUGGAGGUGGCACCUGAGGCGAACGGAGAGAAGCGCCCUCCGCCGACUGAGGAGUUCCGUGAGAUAACGAUGGACCUGUCGCAGCCUUUGGGCAUCAGCUUCACCGACGAUGUCGUUGCAAAGGAAGUGAAAGCCGGGUCGCAAGCUGACAAGCUGGGCGUAGGGCGCCUUUGGAAGCUGGCGACUGCUGCUGGUGCGCCCGUGGCAACUGCGAAGGAGCUGGUGGCCAAGAUCAAAGGCCUCAAAUCUGAGGGCGCGACUGAGGUCAUUCUACGGUUUGCUGUCACUGCAGAUUCUGGUGAGACACCCGCCAAGAAGCCGCGGACAGAGUGA